CACCUUGUCACUGGGCCGAGAAGCCUCUGCUAGGACCAGGACCAAGGCUCCUCUAGCCACAGAAAGCUGGCACUUAACCUCACGGAGCAUGGGAAGUUGCUUGCUGCGAGAAUGAAUGCUGCUUCUCUCUCACCAGUCCCUGCUGACGACAAACAAGGUUGAACCGGGGCGGUGGAUGACAGCUGCCCCUGUGACUUCUGGACAGACCCUCUGCCUGUGCCUUCCCCUGCAGGGCCUCGUUCCCUGCCAGCCACUCCAUGGCAGAGCCUGGUGAUGGUGGGCCUGGCUCAGUACAGAGCAGCACCUCAAGUCCUGAACCCCUGCUUAAGAGCAAAGGCUUUCCUCCUGCGGGAAAAGGAAUGUCGGGCACCAGCCAGCACUGGGGCCAAUGCUGGCGUGGUGGUAAGGUUGGCUGAUGGGAGCCUGAGAGGCUUUGGGCAAGGCCGGGUGUGGGUUCAGGGAGUCUGAGCUGGGGUCUUCCCCACUCAGGCCAGGUCUGCCUGGAGCCAUGCAAGCAGCUGGGGAGGGAAGAGGGGUUUGGACUGUACGGGCACUAUCUAUCUGGUCUUUCCCCUUCCUCAACCUCUGCCCCUUUGCCUUGUGAACAGGCCACACACUCCUGCUAGUUUCUAGCCAGACGGGCGGCCCCUUAGGUUCUAAGAGGCCCCUGUGUUAGCUGUGUCUCACCUACUCCCUUCCCUGGCUGCUUUCCCCCAAGUGCCUCUGAGAAGCCACACCCAGGUCCUGGGCAGGGGGAUGAAGGUACCAAGCCUUCAGGUGGUCACCGCUCAGGGCCCACAACCUGCUGUCUCCUAACAAGUGUUGCCCAGCACUUGUCGUGUGGCGAGCUCUGGGCCUUGUGCUGUGUGUUCAGAAGGGAGUCAGGCCCUGUUCCUUGCCCUUGCUCUCACGACUGGUGGAGGAGACAUGUGUGAGUGCACUGGUGCGCCAGGUUGCUGCAGCAAGAGGAAGUGUGUACACAGGCAGACCUUAGGUGAGUGGGGGGUGGAGUGUCUGCUGCCUGGAGUAACCGGAGGAUACACUGGUCAGGGAACCUUCCAUUCAAGCAGGCUUUUUCAACUGGUAUAUCUUCAUUCAUUUUUGACAGGCAAACAGAAUGGAGGCUGUGUGAGCAAAAACAGCACUCAUGGUGUCGUGGUGGCGUGAAGCCACUGCUAGGGCGGUAGGGAGUCAGGGCAGGAGCCAAGGGGAUGGUGUUGAAGGGGAAGGUCAGGGCCAUAUCCAACAGGCCACUGCAUACCAGGCAAGAAACAGACCUGCCUCUAGGAGGCGGUGGGAAGGGGACCUGUUUCAAACCUCAUCCUAGCAGCCUGGUGUAGGGUGGCCUGUGGGCAGAGGUGGAGGGUGGGAGCAGGACGCUGUGAGUGGGGCUGAAUUAAGACAAUGGCAGAGGGGAUAGAGGUUUCAGGGUAACCCAGCCAGGCCUCGGGGACUGGUUGUGGAUAGAGAAGAAGAGGAUGGCAUCUCAGAGGCAAGGAGAGUGAAGAGGAGGGUUUUGGAGUUCAGCAGAGCCAGAGCAUCUGGAACUUGUGGUUCCCAGCAGGGGUGAAACUUCGUGGGGACAGGAUGCUAAGGCAGGUUUGUGGGAGACAGCUGGGUUCAGGACAUAGAGAGAUGGCUGGUGAGAAGUCAGGUUGUGGCUUCUGAAGUAAGCCAGGUCCAUGAGGGGCUGGACAUGAGCCAGAGGGUCCCAAGACCUUGCAUCAGGCCUGUGAAGAGACUGGUCCCCAGCCUAUGGUAAAGCUGCACCGAUUGAUUCAACAAUUAUUUACUGAGUGCCCACCAGGCGUCAAGUACUGGGGAUCCUGUAGUCCCUGCCCUUGGGAAGCUUACAUUCUAGGGGUUGGGCCCAGGCUUUGCCACCUAACUUGAAAUCCCUCUGUCAGCCUCAGGGGUAGUGGCAGGGCCUGUGGAAUCCCCAGGGCCAGGAGGGUCUAAGCUGCGGGGAGCUAAGAAAGUGGAGAAGGCUCUGAGAGUGGGCUCUGUGCGCUGGCACCUCUGAGUGGCUGGGGGCUGAGUGACCCGCUCAGGGCUCUUCAGCUGGCAGGACUCUCCUGGGACUACUGAGGUGAGGAGGGGGAGAUGGGGUGUUGUGGGAGCAGGAGGAGAGGAGGCGGCUCUGGCUGGUGAGGAGUCAGUGCGUGUGGGCUCUGCUCAGGGCCUACUGUGUGCCAGUCCCUGGGCACGUUAUGUACCUUACCUCACAGAUGAGGAAAGUGAGGCCCACAGAGAUUAGGUGGCACGUCCGCCUAGCAAGAGGCAGGGUCAGGAUUUGAACUGAGAUCUGACUCCAAAGGCCUGUGCCCUUAACCAGUGACACAAGACAUGGUUUGGCACCUGUUGGCCCACAGCCUCAGUAAAAUCAAGCACACCUCAGCGUGGAGGUGGGGGCCUUGGGGGGAGCUGGUGCUGAGCGGAGCCAUGGAACGCACGCCCUUUGUGAGGUGGCCCUGGGAGCUGCAGCAGGUUCCGUCCUUCUGCGGGGGGAAGGCAGGCAGAAGCUGGGAUCAGGGACCCGAGUAGAAAAUGGUUCUCGCCAUGCUGGGGGCGCUGUACCCCAGGGUGGGGCUGAGCCUCUUCCUCCUCUACCUCAGCCUGGCGGCUGCGCUCCUUAGCCUCCAGCCGCUGAGGCCUCAGCAAUCUGUCCCCGAGGAAUUUUCAGCCCCACUGGAACUCUCGCAGCCACUCUCCGGCCUGAUGGAUGACUACGGGGUUCGACCCAAGCACCCAUGGCCACGAGGGCCUCAACCCCUCCUCUCCCGGGCCCAGCAGCGCAAGCGGGACGGGCCAGACAUGGCUGAGUAUUACUAUGAUGCACACCUGUGAUGGGAACCCCUUAUAAAGCUAUUCUGUGCAG